CGCUAAUCGAGCCAUCUCUCCGGUGUAUACAGUACCAGAGGAUAGUAUGUCAUAGUAUAGGAUGUGGCGAUCAAGGAGUCGGACGCUUAGUGUCGUGGCGGGAAUAACUGUAGUAGCAUUGGUAUUACAAGUACUUAUUCUUUACCGUAGUGAUGUGUACAUGCACACGAGUAAACCUCAUGGAAACCGACGGUACCUCCACAGUGGUGUACUGGAGAGUCAACCUGAACCAACUAAGACUGAUGUGUCGGGGAUCGAGUCUCUCACCGGCGACUGGAGACAAGAGGCAACAAUUUUCUCUACCGGGAACUUGACAAAACGUUUAUUGACCAUUGGAAUCCCAACAAUUCGUCGACAGAAGAGCACCUACUUCUUUAACACGCUGGAAUCCUUAUUUAAUUGUACUACAAACGCCGAGCUUACAGACACUUACAUUGUUGUCUUCCUUGCUGACUUUAACGACGAAUGGAAGAAAAACAUGACUCAGACGCUCAACCGGAAGUACCCAUAUUAUAUCCGGUCAGGCGUGUUACAAGUCAUACAGGCACCAUACAAGUUCUAUCCAUCAUUGUCAAAUCUACAACAUACGUAUAAUGAUCCCGAGGAAAAGCGGAAGUGGCGUUCAAAACAAAAUGCUGAUUAUGCGUUUUUGUUCAUGUACAGUCAACCGAUGUCUACGUACUAUAUGCAGCUAGAGGAUGAUGUGUAUACCAUUCCUGGGUACAUGCAGAGUAUCAGGGAUCAUCUACUGAAGGAAUCGGACGGAUGGGUCUGUCUGGAAUUUUCGGAAUUGGGAUUUAUCGGAAAAGUCUUUCAUUCUAAAGAUUUGGAAAAAUUGGCGAAAAUCACAUUAUUGUUCUAUGAAGAACAACCAGUGGAUUUCACAUAUUUAUAUUUCAAUAUAUUAAUGUUACAAUUUGAAAGACGGAUUAUUCAUCCGACAUUGUUUCAACACAUUGGUGUACAAUCGUCUCUUAAAGGGAAGAUUCAGCCGUUAAAAGAUAAAUAUUUUGACGUUAUGAAAAAACAAUUUAAUGGCGAAAAUCCCCCUGCAAAAGUAUUCACAAGCAUAGAAACUAUGCCUGAUUUUCCGCCAAAUCUUGCAUACGAUUUAGCCGAUGGCUAUUUUUGGACACACGUGGCACCUAAAGAUAAAGACACUAUCACAAUUGUGUUCAACACGCCGCAGCAUAUUGACAAAGUGAUAAUUGACACUGGGUCGAAAGAACAUCCGACCGACCGUCUCGAGAACGGCAAACUAGAAGCUAGUCUCAGUUUAGUAGAAAAAACUGACACUCAUGCCGUGUGUACUAAUGAUAUUUUGCUUGGCACAUUCCAAAAUGGAAUGGUAAAAGUGACAGAUAUAGGGAAAAAACUUGGUCCUUUCACGGUUCAUUGUCUUCGUGUGACAGUUACUGGUGACCAAGCGUUCUGGUUGAUUGUCCGAGAAAUAGCCGUGUUUACUAGCAACGAAGUAGACGUUGACAAACCCAUAAAUCCAUAGACUUUUCUUUACAUUUAAAUAUCUUUUUAAUUGAACUGAAAGUAUUAAUCAUGUAAUUCACUAUCAUUUCAUAGCAAUUUUUCAUAAUACAGUAAAAGAUUUAUUACUAAAAACGCUACUACUGUUCCUUUUUAUAGUAACUUUUCAGGAAACCAAAACUCUUUGACUAAUAGAAUCGUUCACCCCCUUGGAGAUGAGACAGGUGAAUCUCAACCAGAUUCUAAAGUUGCCAUACACGAGGCUUGCCGAGUGUUGGCAGCUUAAUUAUUUUACCCCGAGGAUUGAGAUUCCCCUGCCUCACUUCCAUGGGGGUGAAUGAUUAUUUUUCUCUCACCCUGUUUACCCUAUUAUGUAUCUAAUAUUGACGUUACAUCAAUGCAUGGAAAUGUUGACAUGACGUGCUUGAAUUGUCGAAGUGGCGUCGUAGUAUUGUUGACGUGACGAAAUACAAUUGUUAAGAAUGUGAA